GAAUAAACCUAAAGAAAUGUAAAAUAAAGAAAGCACUGAAUAGUAUAAUUAUUUACUAAUAUUAGUGAUCACUUAUUUAAACUAUUACUUAUUGGUACUAGUGGAGUUGGAAAAUCUUGCAUGUUGAUGAGAUAUGUCGAUAAUAAUUUUACUAAUAAUUUUUAUAACACAAUAGGAGUAGAUUUUGUAAAUUAUUAUUUUAACAAGUAGAAAAUCAAAUCAAUAUUCUUAGAGAAUAAAAAUAUAAAGUUAUAGAUUGUAAAAAUAUAUUUCAUAUUCUUAGUGGGAUACAGCAGGUUAAGACAGAUUCAGAACAAUCACAUGUAGUUAUUAUCGGUAAAGAAUAUGUUGAAAAUAGUGGAGCACAUGGAAUAAUUAUUGUUUAUGAUAUAACAGAUAGAGAAUCAUUCGACUCUGUAAAAAUGUGGAUGUCUGAAAUUGAUAAGUAUACUUAUUAAAUUAACAUAGGUAUGCUUAAGAAGAUGUGAUAAGAAUGCUAGUUGGAAAUAAGUGUGAUGUAGAAGACAAAAGAGCUGUAUCAUACGAAGAAGGUGAAGCUUUAGGUACAUUAUAUUAUUAAUUUAAGCUAAACAAUUGAAAUUACAAUUUAUAGAAACAUCUGCUAAAUUGUCAACCAAUAUUGAAUAAUCCUUUUUGACAAUUGCAAAAAAUGUUCUAGAAAAAAGUUAAAAUUCUAUAAAAGCAGAAUCAGGCUAAAAUAUGAAAAUAGGAUAGAUUACAUCAACCUAGGUAAUUGGAAAUACAAAUAAAAAAAGUUCACAAUGUUGUUGAAUUAUAAUUAUUAAAAUUAAAC